AUGUUUCUUAUUGUCGUGGACGCACAUUCAAAAUGGCCAGAAGUUAUUCCUAUGCAGACGACCACGUCAACCAAAACGAUUAUUACUUUGCGUAAUAUCUUUGCAAGAAACGGAUUACCGGAGCAGCUUGUUUCCGAUAAUGGCCCACAAUUUGUGUCUGAAGAAUUUCAGAAAUUUAUGAAACUAAACGGAAUAAACCAUAUCCGAUCAGCACCCUAUCAUCCUGCAACAAAUGGCCUGGCGGAACGUUUUGUUCAAACUUUUAAACAAGGUAUGAAAGCCAUGGAUAAAGAAAAUGCGGACAUUCAUAAGAAGUUAGCAAAAUUUCUUCUUACGUACCGUAACACGCCUCACGCCACAACAAAUGAAACACCAUCGAUGUUAUUCAUGGGGAGAAACCUUAGAUGCCGUUUUGACCUUAUCAAACCUGACCUGGGACGAACUGUUAAUGAUAAGCAAAUGAAAACUGCAAUCACUACCAAAGCAGAGAAAUUAAGAGAAUUCAACACUGGAGAACAAGUGGCAGUUAGGGAUUACCGCGGGAAGGAGAAAUGGACCAGCGGCGAAAUUAUUCAGCGCAAAGGACCAUUAAACUACGAAGUAAAAACACAAGCAGGGGGAAUUUGGAAGCGACACGCUGACCAAAUCCGAAAUGCCGAGUUCAAGGCCGACCCUGAGCAGAAUUCCGAUGUGGUAAUACCAAUAACCGAUGAUAAAGCUCAAGCAGCUAACAGUGAAGCAGACGAGACGUCUGACGAAUCACCGCCGAUAAUUAAUGCACCACAGGAGCGCCGAUAUCCGUUGCGAACCAGGAAGCCUGUGGUCAAAUUAAAUUUGUGA